GCCGUCUGUGCUCCUCCCACACUGAAGUAAUCUGACUGAUCAUCAAGCCACUCAGCGCCUUUCGCCUUUCAGGAGGAUGAACGGCUCGCUUUUAACCCCGCCCAGCCCACGGGCGGCCAACUCCUCCUCCCCUUUACCUCCAUCACCCUCACCCUCUCCGUCCCCGCCUUCUCCUUCCUUGCUGCCCUUAUCAUCACGCCCUCCCCCUCUCCCUCCUCUGGUGAGUCCUCCUCCCCAGGCUCACCCGUCCUCCCUGUCGGACACCCCCACACCGUCACCUUCACCUUGCCUGAGCUGGACCGAAUUCUGUGAGCUCCAUGCCCGCGUUGCAGCCGGCGACUUUGCGCGCCACUUCCGGGCAUUUCUCCUGGAAAACCCCCACUACUCUGCAGACUCUGCUGCCGCCUUCUGCCGUCGCUUCACUGACCGCUUUGUUCGGCAUUUCCAGAGCGAGCUGGAGGGGGCGCUCCCGCCGAGCUGUGCGUCUGCAAGGGAUGAAAUGGUGAGCUGGGCUCCCCAGUCGGAUGCUACAUCUUUAGAAGAGGAAGCUGUCUCACCGCUGUCCGCAACUGGAGUGGUGGUACCCCCGUGUCCUCCAGGUAACACAAGGGGCCCAAAGCCGGCGCCAGCACGACUCGUGUUGGAGAACCGCAGUGGGGACAGGUUUCAGGACUCUUAUGCCCACGGCCAAGUCCUGCCUCCAUCUUCAUCAUCAUCGUGCUGCUCCUCAGUGGGAGGUAACAACGGGCGGCGUGAGGAGAGUCGGGGUGUGAUUGCUCCAGGGAAUGAUGAAGCGCCUGUGGAGGAAGAAGAGGACAGCUGGCUCGGGGUGGCGUCUGUUGGGGAAGAGCCAGAAGAGCGGGAAGCGGACUUAUCAGAGGUGGACAAUGCAGACUCCUCCCACACUCCUCAGAGUCCACCCUCCUCUGUCACUCCUCCUCUCGGUUCCAAGGCGAACAGCACGUCCAGCUCCUCCAAAAACAAGCUGAAGAAACGGUUCUCGCUGCGGAACGUGGGGCGCAGCGUGCGGGGCAGCGUGCGUGGCAUCCUGCAUUGGCGCAGCUCCUCCAGCGACACCGCUCAGAGCCAGCUGCCCUCCAGCUAUAGCUACACCAUGGGAGUGCAGGAUGCCUCCAAGAGGAACUCUGGCACACAGCCUCCUACACCCACCUCCUCCAUGCCUGUCUCUCUGUCCAUGCCCCUCUCUCUUCCUCAUUCCUCCUCCUCCUCGCUGCCCCCUUCAUCGUCGAGCAGCGCCACCUCCCUGUCUGAAGCUGCUCGGGACCGGCGGCGGAGCAAUGGUGAAGGAGGCGAGAAGGAGAAGUGGAGCCAUCGUCUGGAGAAACUCAGAUUGUCACGCUCCCCUCCUCCUGUCCUCACCUCCAUGGCUGCCGGCUUGCAUGCUGCCACUCUGCCUCCGAGCAGCGCCGCCGCCGUGGGUCCUCCGAGGAAGGUAGGCCGACUGGUGCGAGAGGGCGGGGUGAGCGUCAGCUCGUCCAGCGACGAGUUGAGCGGGAGCCACGGCUUCUCCGGCUUCUCGUUCGGUCUGCUACAUCACGGUACAGACAACAAUAAUGCCGCCUCAGCUCCGUCUGCUGCAGCCCAGGCGGCGCCGGUGCAGUCUCUCACCAGCGGGGUCAACGUGCCCUGGAGGGGAGGACGCUGGCACAAAUGUCGCUUGGUCCUGCGAGAGCGGGACAGACAAGGCGGUGAGCGUGGAGAAGAGUACCACCUGGAGUUCUUCAUUCCACCCAAAUCGUCGAAGCCUCGGCUGACCGUCCCGUGCUGCUCCAUCGUGGAUUUGAGGAGCACCACAGCGCUGGAGGUCCCUGACAAGGAGAACACCUUCCUGCUGCAGCUGGACGGGUCAACGCAGUACGUGAUCGAGACCCGAGACGCUGUUCAGAUGAGGGCGUGGCUUAGUGACAUCAGGAACGGCAUGUGUCUCAGUGAGCAGGAAGAUGCUGAAGGUGUGUGUGGGGUGCCGUUAGACAUCAGUGGGACGCCUGAGAUCAGUGACCGCCUUUCACAAGUGUGUUACGGCGGUAUUGGCGGCUCCUCUCCUCUGAUGGAUCCCCUCCCGCCCGAGCUGCCACCUCGAGCCCCUCUCGACGAAUCAGAUGGCCGGAUUCUCGGUGGAGGCGGGGCUGGUCUAGGCACACCUUUUGCUGAGACACCAGAUGCCACAGGGUCCUUCCUCUUCUCUGACGUGACGCCUGUCGAGGCGGUGGAGCACCCGCUCAGCGAGUGUCAGUGGUUCCAUGGGACGCUGUCCCGCCUCAAAGCUGCUCAGCUGGUGCUGGCCGGAGGCCCGGCGAGCCACGGCGUCUUUCUGGUCCGUCAGAGCGAGACGCGGCGUGGAGAAUAUGUCCUCACCUUUAACUUCCAGGGCAAGGCCAAGCAUCUCCGCCUCUCCCUGAACGAGGACGGCCAGUGUCGAGUGCAGCACCUGUGGUUCCAGUCCAUCUUCGACAUGCUGGAGCACUUCCGGGUGCACCCGAUCCCCCUGGAGUCCGGCGGCGCCUCUGAUGUCACGCUCAUCAGCUUCGUGGGAGCCACCGCCGUUCGGCAGCCAGGCCGGGACAGGGCGGGCAGUCGGCCUACGGUCUGUGAUGUCAUCACCACGCGCCAUCCUGACUCUCCAUCAACCCCCAUCUCUGACUGUGUACUUGACCAGCAGACCCCGUAGCCCUCCCCAGCCUCCUCCCCUGCCACCGGGCCGCCCCCCACCCCCGACUCCACCCCAGGAGAGAGGAAGCGAGAUGGAGCUGGGAGGAGGCGUUGGAGCAGCAGCGACUGUGGCGGCGGCGGCAGUCACUGGAGGAGGA